GAAGGCCGCUUUUUUGAUUGAAAUUGCUUGGUUUGCUUGAUCGUUUUUUUCCUUUGACUCGGCUCCAGCUGAGUGUGUCAAGUUGCCGGCGGCCUAGCAGAACUUAGAAUGGCCCUCCGCACGUUCGUGGCGCUGCUGCCAGCGGCCCUUGCUGGCGAAGGAGGCAGUACUGACUUUGUCAGCCAGUAUGCUGGGGACUACCAGAAGUACAUGUCCGGCGGCGGGGGUGGAGACUAUUCGAAGUACUACCAGAAGUACAUGGGCUCCUCUGGCGGCGGCGGCGGUGACUAUAUGCACUUCAUGAACGACUACGCUGGCAAGUAUGCGAGUCAGUACAUGUCAUCCGCCACCUCCCAGAAGAGUGACAAAGAGGUCGCCAAUCUCGUGGCAAGCGAAAAGGGAGAUGACAAGCCGGCCAAGGCGGAUACUGCCCAGGCUGGCGACUACCAGCAGUACAUGAGCAAGUACUCUGGCGACUACCAGAAGUACAUGGGUGGCUCCCAGGGUGGUUCCUCUGCUGGCGACUCCGAGAAGUACGUGAUGCUGAGUGCAGAUGCUCACUCCUCCGACAAGCAUGAGAAGCAUUCAAAGCAUGAGAAGCAUGAGAAGCACGAGAAAUCCUCCUCAGACAAGCAUGAGGAAAGUGCACAGGCUGGCGGCUUCCAGCAGUACAUGGACAAGUUUGCCGCCGACUAUCAGCAGUACAUGGGUGGAUCCAAGGGUGGUGCCUCCGCUGGUGACUACCAAAAGUUCAUGGACAAGUAUGCCGCCGACUACCAGAAGUACAUGGGCGGAUCCAAAGGUGGUGCCUCUGCUGGUGAUUACCAGAAGUACAUGGAGCAGUUUGCUAGCGACUACUCAAAGUACAUGGGUGGAUCCAAGGGUGGUGCCUCUGCUGGUGACUACCAGAAGUACAUGAAGCAGUACUCUGGCGACUACCAGAAGUACAUGGGCGGAUCCAAGGGUGGUGCCUCUGCUGGUGACUACCAGAAGUACAUGGAGCAGUUUGCUAGCGACUACUCAAAGUACAUGGGUGGAUCCAAGGGUGGUGCCUCUGCUGGCGACUACCAGAAGUACAUGAAGCAGUACUCUGGCGACUACCAGAAGUACAUGGGCGGAGGCGGCUCCCAGGGUGGUUCCUCCGCUGGCGACUACCAGAAGUACAUGGACAAGUUUGCAAACAACUACCAGCAGUACAUGAAGGGUCAUGGUGGCGAUGCGUCUGCCUCCGCACCGGCCCUGCUGGCCGAGGGCUCCCCCGCCAAGCAGAAGCUUCACGAGGACUAUCAGCAUUACGUCAAGGGCAAGGGCGUGAACGCCUCAAAGGACUUCGAGAAGUACAUGAAUGGCCAGGCGGCCCAGUUCAAGCACUACGUCAAGGCCCGCGGCGCCGAUGCGGCCGGGGACUUCCAGAAGUACUUCCAGGACUACAAGCAGUACAUGAAGAGCGAGGGCAAGGACGCGGCAGACGGCAUGAAGGACUUCAUGGACAAAUACGCCAAGGACUACGAGCACUACCUCAAGGACCGCGGCAGCUCCUCCGAGAGCGCCAAGCCCAAGGCGGUCUUGCUGGUCGAGAGCCAGGAGCCCAAGGGCGAUGCCCCUGCCCCUGCCAAGGAGGACGCCACGACUAAGGAGCUGCGGGAGGAGAAGCAGCGCCUGCACGCGGAGCUCGCGGAAGAGCACGAGCGCCUGCAGGCGGAGAUGAAGCGCGAGCAGGAGGAGCGCGAGAAGGAGAAGCAAAUGCUGAAGGAGGAGCUGGAGCGCGAGGCUCAGGAGCACCAGACAGGCUCGGACUCCACGGUGUCCACGGUGAUGCUGCUGGAAAGCAGCGGCCACGCCAUGCAGCUGGGCACGGUGUUCUUCGCCGCAGUGGGCGCAGUGGUGGCUAUGAUGGGCUUCCUGCGAAGGAGCCGCCAGAUCCAGCAGAACGAGGACUACGUGAUGCAUUUGGAGGCGCCGCUGGCCACUGUGUGA